CACAAAUAUUUCCAUGAUCUUGCUUUACACCAAAAACCGCAAUCGACGUUGCUGGCAAUUAAUGGAUGCAUUUAUCCAAGCUUUUUCCAUUCGGCGGGCAUCACAACGCAAGCUUAUCCCUGUGUUUCCCAUAGUAACUAGGAACUCCAACUUGCACGAUGGGAAGCAAAUGCCACAUGGAGGGAGGUGAUAGAAUUCAUGCAAAGGCUUCGAAAGUUGGAGUUCUUGACUGGGGAUUGCUCGAGAGAUGGAAGUACCAUCAGAAAUGUGUGGCUCGUGGGGGAACCAAAAGAUCAAACUCUGUCAACAACAGAUCCCCAUUGCUGCAUACUUUUGGGUCGUCUACCCUGUGUACUGGAAGCACAUGGAGAGCUCUUCCUAAGCAAGAAGAAUUUGCUUCUGUGGAUUACAAAACGAAAGAGAUCGUUGUAUCUCGACAUCUCACAAGCUUUAAUGAUGCAGAUACUGCAGAUAUGAAGUCCAUGUUCUCUGAUGUGUGCUUCCAUAUGGACUCUGGAAUUUUACAUCCACCUUCCAGCCUCAUUAAUGGUCAAACCUCAGCUCCUGGAGCAAAAGCCACAGAGACCCAAGCCCAUCGACCAGAAAAUGCAGAGAAGCUCCAAGGCUAUCCUCGUGAUCUAGAUUUCAUGGGCAAUUGGCAGCAGCUAUGUCAUGAUACUAGUAAUUUGUGGGAUCAUCUUCAAGCCAGUGCUCAGAUCAGACGCAAUAGUUUUGAGUCAUAUUUCGAUUAUGCCAAAAGCUUGUCACUUUGCCAUCUUGACAACGCUAAGGACAUCAAAGGAUCUCCCCAUAUUGGUACACUCAAUACUUUUCGACCAGAGACUGAAAUCUCUACUAAGAAAUCAAUCGAGAAGGGAAAGGAAUCGUCCAAUCAUCAGUCAAGUGUCAGGCCAACAUGGAUGAUUCGAAGUGCUAGCUCAAGGGAUGGUUCCUCUGCACCAGUACUGGUGAGACCAUUUGAUGGCAGUAAGGAAGCGUCAAGUAGGCGUAGUCCACUGAGGAGGAUGUUUGACACUCUGCUGAAGCCAAAGAACCUAAGUGAGAAGGGUGGAAAUCUAACAUAUAAAGAACCUGAUAAAACCAAACACGCUCUUCUCCAACUUGCUUGGGAAAAUGGGCAGCCUAUGUUUAUGUUCUCAUCCACAGACGGUGAUGUUCUUGCAGCAAUGUUGACACAGCAAAGCGAAACAGAGAAGGAUGAUUUGGAAUGCAUUUACACAAUACACUGCAUUCAACAACGUGAGAAGAAAUCAGGAGCUUGGAUUGGAUUGGGAAGGAAGAGCGGGAAGCAUCAGCUGGUAUCUGAUGCCACUGGCAGGAUGAACGUUUUCAGAUCGAGAAACUAUGAUGCCAAAAGUCAUCAAGUCACAAGAGAGUUUGUGUUGCUUGGUGCUGAACCAACACCACCAUCUCAUGGGCCUGUUGAUUUCUCAUUGAACAGCGAGCUGGCUGCCAUUGUUGUCAAUGUUCCAGAAGAAAUGGCAGAAGAUAAUACAGUAAUUGUCCUUCCUGGUGGAACUCAUGGCUCUUCAACUGAUGCCAAACCGCCAUCUUUGAUCGAGAGAUGGAGAUCAGGAGGAGCAUGCGACUGCGGAGGUUGGGAUGAGGGUUGCAGGCUGACUGUUCUAAGCAAAAGCUUCCUUCAGGGAGGAGGAUCGCGGGCAAAUGGACAUGUCUUCCGAAUGGUUUCUUUGAAGGAGGGACUGUAUAGAGUUGAGUUUGGGACGUCCAUCGCUUGGCUUCAGGCUUUCGCAAUAGGUUUAGCGAUCAUUCACGGAAAGAAUCCCACCAACAACUCCGGCGAGCCAAAAUGGUUGCUGGAACGAACGGUCAGGCGUCGUCAUGCCGGGAACACUGAAGCAAUAGUCCAAGGGGCGUCUCCGACGAGCUAUGUACCGUAUUGUCCACCUCUUUCGCCUGUUGGAAGAGCUUAGUUGCAUCUGCAACAUUACCACAGCAUGCUUGCCUUGUCCUAUGAUCCUAUCUCGCAUGGAUUUGACGCUUGCUAAUAUGUGAUGGAAUUCAUCUCCAUCCUGGUAUCAUCGAAGCUUACCGCUGUUGUACAUGGAGGUUGGGGAGUAGUCAUAUGUGUAUAUGGAUGCAUGAACAGAUUGAUAUAAGAGAAGAAAUGAAGUUUUCUUUUUA